AUGAACAACAGUUGGUCUUCGAACAAACCAGCAUAUUCGACGCAAAGCAGUGCGCUGCUUGAAGAUGGCGAAAGCAACACCGACAAUCCUGAUGCCGACCACCACCAUGAGCACGAUGAGCACCAUGAUCAUAGAAGAAUAAGUCUAAUCAGUGAACGAUCUUCAAUGAAAAGCAAGAGCUUGACCGAAUCCGAGACAAUGUCGUCUGCCCAUCGGUCUCGCGAUGAAGUACAAGAAGUUAGGAAUGCUUCUCGCAAUGAGGAUCGCAGCGUCAAGUUGUGGCGCUUGGCUCUCUUUCUCUUUAUUCUGGCAACUGGAAUCUCGGUAUCCUACCUCACAUAUCACUUCUUGCUCGAUGAGGAAAAGGAAGAGUUCAAUAUCGCAUACGAUCAAUUCUCCGAUGCUCUUGAAGCUGCUGCAAUCCGACAACAGAAAGACAUCCGUGAGGCCUAUCGCACCUUUGAGACCAUCAUAUCCAAUUACGCCGCAGGGGCCAACGAAACAUGGCCAUUCGUGUCACUGCCACUGUUUGAAUCCUUUGGAAAACAUAUCAUUGAAAUCUCUGGCACCGAGGUCUUCUCUCUCUUUCCUGUCGUCACUCGGGAAAACCAAGAAGCUUGGUUAAAAUUUACUGACCAGCACUAUGAGAGCAUGGUCAAAGAGGCCCAUAUGCUUGAGACAGGGACUCUCGACAAUCUGAAAGAGGUUGGUUAUCAUUCCUACUUCACUGCACCGUCUCCUAAUGGCAUGGUUCCCGAUAUCGAACGUGAUGUUUAUUACCCAGGCUGGCAUUACUCUCCACCUCCUUUUACAUAUGGAAACGUCAAUUGGAAUGUACAAAGUGUUCCAGAUUAUAACGAUAUUAUUGAAGCCCUGUAUGCCUUGCCGGACGAGACACUGCUCACCGGUGUCCGACCGUACGCUGGUGGAGGAACAGCGUUGUCUGAUGAGGAACAUGCUCACAUGCACAGUGAAAUCAAUGAUUCGUCAUCAGACUAUCCACACAGUUUUGUGUUUCAUCCUGUCCAUUUGAAUGCGGAGGAUCCUGACAGUCCAAUUGUGGCAUUCAUUGGCUCGGCCAUGGCUUGGGACUUCUCGCUCCUGCACAUGCUACCGGAAGGGGUGGUUGGGAUCCUUGCUGUAAUCGAAAACAAUUGUGGCCAAACUUUUACAUACAGGAUCAAUGGACCAAAUGCCCUUUAUUUAGGCAUGAAAGACAUGCAUAAGGAAGAGUAUGAGCCAUACGAGCGUGUCGUUGACCUCGCAUUGCACACCAAUCCUGCUUUCGAGUUGACUCCUGGACACUGCCAGUUUACCAUGCACUUGUAUCCAGAUACCGAGUUCGCAGAGCUCUACCUCAGUUCGGCACCAAAGGAUUACGGUCUUUCCAUAGCUGGAUGCUUUGGCUUCAUGAUUCUUGUCUUCUCCGUGUAUAAUGGGUUUGUACACAAGCGAAACGAAAAACUGAUAGCCAGCGCUGCGAGGUCAAAUGCUGUCGUCACGUCACUCUUCCCAGAAAACAUCCGGAACAAGAUCGUAGGCGACAACAAUCCAAGAAACUUCCAUGACCUAGUUGGCUCAGGAUCAGAUCUCGUCAAAGACUUGACGCGCCCGCCUCUCGCAGACUACUUCCCUGUUGCGACAGUGAUGUAUGCAGACAUUUGUGGUUUUACUGCUUGGUCGUCUGUUCGUGAGCCAUCUCAGGUGUUUAAAUUGUUGGAGGCGGUUUACGGUAGCUUUGAUAGACAGUGUCGGCACUCAAAAGUAUUCAAGGUCGAAACACAAGGGGAUUGUUACAUAGCGGCAACUGGAAUUCCAGACUAUUACCGAGACCAUGCCGUGCGCAUGGUGCUCUUCGCUCACAAAAUCUCUCGAAAAAUGAGCAAGUUGACCAAGCAAUUAGAAACAACACUCGGACCUGAUACCGCCGACUUGAAACUCAAAAUUGGUAUCCAUACAGGAGCAGUGACUGCAGGUGUUAUUCGAGGAGACAAGGCUCGUUUCCAACUGUUUGGAGAUUCAGUCAACGUGGCGUCGCGGAUGGAGAGUACAGGGAUCGGAGGAAGGAUCCAAGUCUCGCAAGAAACUGCGGAGUCUUUGCGUUCUUGUGGCAAAGGACAUUGGCUCAUUAGGCGCGACGAAGGCACUGUAAUCGUGAAAGGAAAGGGCGACAUCCAAACAUACUGGAUUGGGAAAGUUAUUGAGCCCAAGAGAAUCUCGACAGCUCCAACUGCCAAAAGUGAUAGCGCAUCUGAAACAUCUGCAAGUGAGCGCAACUUGGAGGGCCCUUUUGCAGAGCAAUUGAAUAGUGCUGAUGGCCGAGAAGAUCGUUUGGUCGAGUGGAACGCCACAGUUUUUCUGGCGAUACUUCAGCACAUCGUCGCAAGACGAGAUGCUUACGCUUCUGCUUCACAUGAAAUGGAGUUUGCAUCGGCUCAUGAUCUCUCUUUGGCAACUGCGAUGAAGAGCGAUUUCAAGCCACUGGAUGAAGUCCGAGAAAUCAUUGCGCUUCCUAAAUUUGACCCAGAAGUAGCACAAUCCGAGCAAGACCCACAUACGAUUGAGAUCCCAAGUGUUGUCGUUACCGAGCUAAGACAAUUCAUCAGCACCAUCUCCGGCUUCUAUCGAUCGAAUCCAUUCCACAACUUUGAGCAUGCUAGCCAUGUCACAAUGAGUGUCAUCAAGCUGUUGUCGCGAAUCAAAGCACCGACUGACCUGGAAAUGAUGGAAGGCAACGAUGAGGAUGAGGAAAAAUACCACGACAUCCAUGCUCAAAGUCUGCAUGAUCAUACGUAUGGAAUCACAUCUGAUCCGUUGACUCAAUUUGCAUGUGCAUUUGCUGCCUUGGUACAUGACGUGGAUCAUGAGGGUGUACCGAAUGCACAGCUGGUAAAAGAGAAAGCAGCAAUCGCCACUUUGUACGACAGUCGUAGUGUUGCCGAGCAGAACAGUCUGGUAAUUGCCUGGAACUUGUUCAUGGGCGAACGAUUUGAAAACCUUCGUGAUUGUGUUUGUUCGACGCCAGCAGAAUUAAGUCACUUUCGAAUGUUGGUUGUGAAUGCUGUCAUGGCGACUGACAUUGUGGAUAAGGACUUGAAGCAGCUUCGCAACAACCGAUGGGACACGGCUUUUAAGCGAAGCUCUGUUGGCUUCAAAGACAAUGGAAAUCGAGACAAUAUUAAUCGCAAGGCUACAAUUGUGAUUGAACAUUUGAUUCAGGCAUCGGACAUUAGUCACACAAUGCAACACUGGCAUGUGUAUCGAAAGUGGAACGAGCUUUUCUUUAGGGAGUGCUACAAAGCAUGGAAAGAAGGCCGAGCGGACAAAGAUCCAAGUGUGGAUUGGUACAAGGGAGAGAUUGGAUUCUUUGACUUUUACAUCAUCCCGCUAGCUAAGAAACUGGAGAGCUGUGGAGUGUUUGGAAAAUCAAGUGAUGAAUUCUUGAACUAUGCAAGAAGUAAUCGGGCAGAAUGGGAAAGUCGUGGUGAAGACGUGGUGCGAGAAAUAUUGGAGAGUAUAAAGCAGGAGGAAAGGCAUGAUAAACUUCUUGAUCAGAUUUACUCUGACUAA